CCGCCGGGUCACGUGACGGGUCAGAUGACCGCCAGGCCCGUCCCCGCUUCCUGAACGGGACUGUGGCGGCCGCGCCUCCUCCUCUGCACGUGGUUUCUCCGCUACUGCCUUCCGCUCGCCCGGGUCCCCGCUCCUGCCGCCAUGGCUCCCAGCCAGCUAGCCGUGUUGAGUGUCUCGGACAAAACCGGCCUUGUGGAUUUUGCCAGAAACCUAGCUUCUUUUGGCCUGAAUCUAGUCGCCUCCGGAGGGACUGCGAAAGCUCUUAGGGAUGCCGGUCUGGCUGUCAGAGAUGUCUCUGAGCUCACGGGAUUUCCUGAGAUGCUAGGAGGGCGUGUGAAGACCUUGCAUCCUGCAGUCCAUGCAGGUAUCCUGGCUCGUAACAUCCCAGAAGAUAAUGCUGACAUGGCCAGACUUGAUUUCAGUCUUAUAAGAGUUGUUGCCUGUAAUCUGUAUCCCUUUGUGAAGACAGUAGCUUCUCCAGAGGUAACUGUCGAGGAGGCUGUGGAGCAGAUUGAUAUUGGUGGAGUGACUUUGCUGAGAGCUGCAGCCAAAAAUCAUGCUCGAGUGACAGUUGUGUGUGAACCAGAGGACUACGCGGUGGUUUCCUCAGAGAUGCAGGCCUCUGAUAGCAAAGACACCUCCUUGGAGACCAGGCGCCAGUUAGCCUUGAAGGCAUUCACUCACACGGCACAGUAUGAUGAAGCCAUUUCCGAUUACUUCCGGAAACAAUACAGCAAAGGAAUAUCUCAGAUGCCCUUGAGGUAUGGGAUGAACCCUCAUCAGACCCCUGCCCAGCUCUACACACUGAAGCCCAAGCUCCCCCUCACAGUUCUCAAUGGAGCGCCUGGGUUCAUAAACUUGUGUGAUGCUUUGAAUGCCUGGCAGCUGGUGAAGGAACUCAAAGAUGCUUUAGACAUUCCAGCCGCAGCCUCUUUCAAACAUGUCAGCCCAGCAGGUGCCGCAGUGGGAAUUCCACUGAGUGAAGACGAGGCCAAAGUCUGCAUGGUCCAUGAUCUCUAUCAGACCCUCACACCCAUAUCAAUUGCAUAUGCAAGAGCAAGAGGGGCUGAUAGGAUGUCUUCUUUUGGUGAUUUUGUUGCAUUGUCUGAUAUUUGUGAUGUCCCAACCGCAAAAAUUAUCUCCAGAGAGGUGUCUGAUGGCAUUGUUGCCCCAGGAUAUGAAGAAGAAGCCUUGAAAAUACUUUCUAAAAAGAAAAAUGGGAACUACUGUGUUCUUCAGAUGGAUCAGUCUUAUAAACCGGAUGAAAAUGAGGUUCGAACUCUCUUUGGUCUUCGUUUAAGUCAGAAGAGAAAUAAUGGAGUCAUUGACAAGUUGUUAUUCAGCAAUGUUGUUACCAAGAAUAAAGAUUUGCCGGAGUCUGCCCUCAGAGACCUCAUCGUAGCCACCGUCGCUGUCAAGUAUACUCAGUCUAACUCUGUGUGCUAUGCCAAGAACGGACAGGUGAUUGGCAUUGGAGCAGGACAGCAGUCUCGGAUACACUGUACACGCCUUGCAGGGGAUAAGGCAAACUAUUGGUGGCUUAGGCACCACCCACAGGUGCUUUCAAUGAAGUUUAAAACGGGAGUGAAGAGAGCGGAAAUCUCCAAUGCCAUUGAUCAGUAUGUGACGGGAACCAUUGGUGAGGAUGAAGAUUUGAUGAAGUGGAAGGCUCUGUUUGAAGAAGUUCCUGAAAUGUUAAAUGAGGCAGAGAAGAAGGAGUGGGUUGAGAAACUAAGUGGGGUUUCAGUCAGCUCUGAUGCCUUCUUUCCUUUCAGAGAUAACAUAGACAGAGCUAAAAGGAGUGGUGUGGCAUACAUUGCUGCUCCUUCCGGUUCUGCUGCUGACAAAGUUGUGAUUGAGGCUUGCGAUGAACUGGGAAUAAUCCUCGCUCAUACGAAUCUCCGACUCUUCCACCACUGACUUCAUCACGUGUUUGGUGGUUUGCUUUUGUGUAGGUGCAGUGAAUUCUGAAAAUGCCUGCUCAAGAAAAUAAAAUAUUACAUUCUAACAGUGGAAUCCAUAA